AUGGAGCCUUUGCACAAUAGAUCAACCAAGGAGCAGACGGCUGUUGUGAAUUUGGAUGAUGUUACAAUCAGCUUAUCUAAGGAUGGAUACAGAGAUAUGAUGAAAUUAGCAGACAACUUCGCUACAUUUAAUCAACGUCUAAAGUAUGCUCAUUUCCGUCCACUGGUGCCAGUAAAAGCUGAUUCCAGGUCUUGGUGGAAGUAUGCUUACAGAGCUGUAUCCGAUCAGAUGAAAAAGGCAAGUGGAAAAAUGUCAUGGGAGCAAGUUUUAAGAUACACAAGGUUGCAGAAGAGAUAUAUUUCUCUCUAUGCUUCACUGCUUAAGUCUGAUCCCAGUCAGGUUACUAUUAGCGGAAGCAGAGAGAUUGAAGAUCUAGAUCGCGAACUUGAUAUUGAACUUAUACUGCAAUGGAGAAUGUUGGCGCACAAGUUUGUGGAGAAAUCAACGGAGUCAAAUCUUAAUGCGAGGAAACAGAAAGUGGGGAAAUCUUGGUGGUCAUUUGGAAGGAACGGUAACUCUCCUAAAGAGGAAACCGAGGAAUUCAAUUUCAGUGAAGAGGACUGGAACCAGUUAAAUAAAAUGAUCGGGUAUAAGGAGGGUGAUGAUGGGAAAUCGGAUGUAAAUAGCAAGGCAGAUGUUGUUCAUAAAUUUGUGUAA